AUGUCGAUCCACUUUAAGUUUAAGUCGGCUAAGGAGUUUGACACGGUAACGUUUCCGGGCGCCGUCAUCCGCGUGCUGGAUCUGAAGAAGGCCAUUGUAGACAAGAAGAAACUAGCUAAGGGCCUGGACUUCGACCUGGUGAUCACAGACGCGCAGAACGGCAAGGUGUACGACGAUGAGAACACACAGCUACCUCGGAACACCAGUGUGACCGUAAAACGUAUCCCUAGCCAGCAGCCAGGCAGCGGCCUGCUGGCCAGAAUGAAGCAAGAGGCGGCCGUGGCUGCGGCCGCAGCGGCUGCUGCAGCCAUUCACGCGUCACCUCCCGUCGCGCCCAUGGCCGGGCCGUCCCCCGUGCUGCCAGUCGGGGCCACCCCCACACAGCCGUACAUGCGGGCCGCAGGGGCACAGACAAUGGAAGACGAGCUAGCUGCUCUACAAUCUAUUCACGAACAGGCAGAGGACAUGCGUGGCUCAAGACUGGGCAAUAAGACAUGGACAGCAUCCAGCGGCAGCAACGCCAAUCAUGUGAUGAACUACUACGCGGCCAAUGGGCCAGGUGGAGAAGCAGGUGGACGAGGAGGUGGCGCCGGCGGCCGAGGCUUUGGCCGUGGCGGCCGCGGUGGAGACUUUGGCGGACGAGGAGGAAUGAUGAAUGGAAGAGGUGGCGGCCGGGGCGCGGGCUCUGGAGCCCCCGGCGGACCGAACCUUUUGGGUAACCCGCCGCCCAACUAUGUGUGCUACCGAUGCGGCACACCCGGCCACUAUAUCCAGAACUGCCCCACGAAUGGGGAUCCGGAGUUCGAUCAGCACCGAGUGAAAAAGAAAACGGGCAUCCCCAAGUCUUUCAUGAAGGCCGUGAGUGAUCCCAGCGAGAUCCCCGUAGGCGCGGGCAAAACGGUAGUGAACGCGCCGUGGGGCGGGCUAGCUGUGAUAGAACCGCAGAAUAAAAACUUCUCUAAAUUAAUGGCCCGGUCGGGCGGCUCGGCCACCUUGGAUCAAUUCAUCUCGAAUCCACCCGAGCACUUGGCAUGUCCCCUUUGCAGACGGCUCAUGAGCGACGCCGUGCUCAUCCCGUGCUGCCAAGAGUCGGCGUGUGAUGAAUGCCUUCGCAGUGCGUUGAUCGAGCGCAAGCUUACGUGUCCGCUGUGUAAUGUGAGCAACAUGUCGCCUGAGAAGCUGUUACCGAACAAGGUGUUGCGGACGUCGGUGGACGAGUUUCUGCGGCGUGCGCGGACAGAGCAGCAAGAGCGGGAACAGUUAGUGAAGGAAGCGGAGGAGAAGGCGUUGGCCAAACAGAAGGCCGCAGAGUUGGCGGCCAGCUCAGCUACUCGUCGCUCAGGAGACAGUGCAGACGCAACGUUGGAGAUCAAGAAAGGCAAGAAAGGUGACGGCGAGGAAGAAGAAGAAGACGAGUUUGGAGGUGACAUUUUCGGCGAUGGCGAUGAGAAUGAAGAAGCGUCGUCACCUCAGAAGACUGCCACGCCUGCCGACGCGUCUUCUAACGGAGGCCAAGCAGCCGAGAACGCAGAGAAAACUUCACCCAGCUUAGGCCCCGAAGGAACGUCGUCUGGAAAUGGCCAAGGCCCUCCUGGACACCAGAUGCCGUGGGGUCCUGACGGCCCGCGUGGCCCCCCGAUGGGAUUCAAUGGGCCGCCUGGACCCUGGUUUGAUGGCCCGCCGCGUGGCCAACCGGGCCCCUGGUUCGAUGGGCCGCCUGGACCUUGGUUCGACGGCCCGUUUCCAGGCCCUGGCGGACGAGGUAAGGGCGGUCGUGGGGGCCGCGGUCGUGGAGGCCGUGGAAUGCCCCCUCCAGGCUAUUUCGGAGGACCCGGCCCGGAUCAUUUCGGCCCCCCUCCUGGACACCCGGACUACUUUGGCCCUCCUUCACCUUGGUUCGAUGGGCCGAUGCCUUUUGGCGGACGUGGAGGCGGUGGAGAUCGCUGGUUUGAAGGAGAACGAGGAGCACGGGGACGCGACGAUGACCGACGACGCGAUCGUUCUUCCUCUCGGGACAGGGAUCGCUCACGCGCACGCGACCGCUCUUCUGGCCGUGACGGUAAGGGCGAACGUGAUCGUCGUGAUGGGAAGGACAAGGACUCGCGUGGCUCACGCAGCGACAGAGAUCGAGAGCGGAGCAAGCGCAGUCGGAGUCGCAGUCGCAGCCACAAGCCUGCCCAUGCGAGAUCGCGCAGCCGCAGCAACUCGCGCUCUAGACGCGACAAGAAGACUCGUGAGCACACAAGCUCCUCACGGGCUUCGUCGUCGCGCCGGUCACGCAGUACAAGCCGUGGCCGCCAUCACCGCGAGCACAAGAAGAAAGCCCGAAGACGAAGAGAAGAAACAAGAAAGCACCGUUAA